GCGGGCAGCCUUCGAACUCGGCGCUGCGACGCUGGAUACGGCAGGCAGAAGCUCCAUAGAGCACCAGCCGACUGAGCAGCGCACCGGUGCGACCAUACACGAUGGGGCUGCCCGACGUCAAGGCGCCCAAGGACAUCAAGGGCAGCGUGUCCGAAGCCUACGCCGACACCGGUAAACUCAAAGUGACCCUGCGCAUGAAUGAUGGUUCUGAUGAAUCCUGGCACAUGUGCGUGAAAUUGACGAUUCCCAAGAAGUGGAAGCCCGGACCUGUUAGUAAGCUUUUGCACUUCGCGGUCGACACCUGGAACGCCAAGCAUUCGCAACUACCGGCAUUGUCAGCCGAGAGCUGGCAUCUCCAGGUGAACGGCCAGCCGCUCGGCACCGACGACGUCAUCCGAGACGUCCUGCGGCCUUCUGAUGAAGUACUACUGAAGCCCGGCAAAUCACCGUCCCACGGAAAAGUGGCGAAGCGCUCCUACGCCAACGUGCAACAAAUGGAGGAGGCCCUGAAGCACACGCCGUCGGCGCGACACAAUAGGCACCAGGUCGAGUGCUACGACGCGGCCAGUACGUUAUAUAGUAGGCCCCAGUGCGAGCUGCGGCCGGACGUCGCCGAGACCCUUGAUCGACUAGCGGAGCGCAUUGUGGAAAGGGCCGCCCAGAAUAGAGCUGAUGAUGGGUUUGCUCUACGGGUGUUUGAUGCGGGGUGCGGCGCCGGCCACCUCACGAAGAAAAUAGCUGCUCUCAGUACAGAAAAAAGGAAGGUGGAGGUCAUCGCCGUCGACAUCUCGCCGAGGACCAUCGAAUACUGCAACCAGAAUAAACCUGCAAAUGUGAAAUACGAGUGCGGCGACGUGGGAGAUUAUCCACAUCCCUCGAGAAUUGGCGAGGGCGUCACGUUCGACGUUGUUGUGUUCCAUGCUUGCUUACAACACGUCUUUUCUCCUUUGAAGGCUUUGCAAGCGGCUUCGAGAUUACUAAGGGGCGGCGGCGCCGUGAUCAUCGCACAAGCCCAGGGUCGGAAACACGCCGACGAACUUAGGGUGAAGGACCCGGUCUUGCAGCCGCGCGGGUUGCCGUCUUCCCCAGAAGACGUCGAAGAAUUGAUACCCGAAGGAUGUCCGCUGGAGCUCGCGUCGUUCAAGGAUGAAGUACCAUACGUCGUCAAGCUCAAGUGCACCAAAAAAUUCGAGGAGGCUAUUGGAUUCAAGGACAUGAUGGCGGACGAGGACCCUUUAGGAUCUUUCUUGCGGAAGAAGACGGGGAAGGAGCCCUCGGACUGGCGCGAGAAGCUGAAGGACAACGCGGAGGGAGUGGUGUUCGGGCCGGCGCGGCCGCCGAAGCCGCCGGCGAGUAAGGAGUAGUAGCUUC